UGAAAUGAAUGAAUGUAAAAUAUGUUUUUCACACUACAGAAAUUUUGGAGCAGCUGGUACCUUAAAGUCAGCUUGAUGCUUUCUACUGUAAAGCCAAAGUGCCUGCUUUUCGGUCAAACGUGAAUAAAUAUUGAAAUGCUGGACUCUGAUUACAGUAUUAUCAGUCUGGGUGCUCAGAUGUGACGUUGCUGUGACUCAUACACACUAUCCUCUUUCUCCUAGGAUGAGAUGAGAUCUUGCACAUGCCGCCUUGAUGCCUGGGCCGAUGUGUUCUUCAGCUGUGCCCUCCGCGGAGUCCGCAGAGCCGACGCGCCCCCCCCCCCCCCCGUUGCCAUGGAGACGCGGCGCUGUUUUCUUAGGUGCGCGUUUCCCGCACAAACGCUUUACCACGUCCCGUGAAAUGUCCACAAAGUAUACAUACACGUGUGCUGUCAGCAGUAUGUUCUUCCAAACAUGGCAUGUUCCGUUUGUCAGCUUCACUUCCAAGUUGUCCGACUGUCAGUCAUUGUUAAUAUAUAUAUUAUAUAUUUUCAUUUCCUUCGAUGCUUUUAUUUAUUUAGUUUAUGUCCACGUCUAUUUGUGCUAUUCUCCCGCCUCCUGUUAUAAAUCUUUUAUUGCGCUGCAAUUUUUUUUUCUGCUUUUGCACAACGUUGUUAAUUGUUUUAAAGCGGUUUUAAUGAGUACUAAUUGCGAAUAAGUGGCACCGAAACAAGCGCGUCAGACGCUUCCAGCCGCCGUCAGUGAAAGUGUGGAGGGUUUCGGAGUUGAGUGUGACUUUCAAGUGUGAAUUAGCUCAGUUUGAAAUCUUACACUUCCCACUGCAGCUGGGAUGCAUCUGCAACGCUGGGUUUUGUCUCCUACUCAUAAAAUUAACACUCCCAGCCAGAAACAUGGGGAAAAGUGGCCCUCCUUCAAUUUUCUUGCAGAUUGAAAAAUCCCCCCCCCCCCAAAAAAAAAGAAAAAAAAAACUGAAAAUAAAAAAUCAGAGCAUGUUCACAUAUCAAAAAAUUCUUGCGUUUGUGCCGCAAAUGUUAUUCAUUUCCCUCUAAUGGCUACAUCAUUUGACAAGAAAAAAAUGAAGUAUAUUUACAUUUACAUUUAUUCACUUAGCAGAUGAUAUAUAUAUGCAAUUAAACUUAAAAUUUUCCAGCCUCCUAUGCUCACACACCUUUGUAUGAUCGUCAUGACUCUAUCUUAUGUGAUGCGAUGCAGUACGACACCGUCAGGUCAACUUGGAGGAUAAAUGUGCAACCGCACCUUGUUCUGCAAGCCUCCGAUUAAUCUCAGUACAUGCACUAGUGUCGACAACAAAGGAGGUACACUGAACCCAACAAAAACAAGGUGAAUGAAGCCCAGGGAAUGCAGAUGUGCAGCGCCCGGCAGGGUGUCCUGCUUAAGCGACUAGGCGGGGAGCUGAGCUCACCCCCAGCACAGUCUGUGGGAUAUGGUAAUUAGAUCUGGCCAAUGUGGGCCCUGUGCAUCUGCAGGGAGGCAUAUAAGGGGCCUGGUGGUGGCUCCUUCAGACCACUUGUCCCCUCUGAGAUCCCCCAGCGCUCCUCAUAGGCUGCCACACGAUCCCAUGCCAUGGAGAUCUCGGAGGGACGCCGCUUCUCUCAGAGUGGGGCUUUCUACGACAGUCCCUGGGCAUCCUCACCAGAGGGCCCCGACCCAUCCGAGGCUCUGGGCUUUGGGGAGCCACCUGGUUCGGAUGAGGAGGAGCAUGUGCGUGCGCCACGUGGCCUCCAUCAGGCCGGCCGCUGCCUCGCUUGGGCGUGCAGGGCCUGCAAGCGCAAGUCGAGUGCGGUGGACCGACGACGGGCUGCCACCAUGCGUGAGCGUCGGCGGCUCCGGAAGGUGAACCAUGCCUUUGAGGCGCUGCGUCGCUGUUCCUCAGCCAACCCCAGCCAGCGGUUGCCCAAGGUGGAGAUCCUGCGCAAUGCCAUCCAGUACAUCGAAAGCCUGCAGGAGCUGCUCCGUGAGCAGGUGGAGGAGUACUACAGCCUGCCUGGAGAGGCGAACUCUGAGCCAGGAAGUCCAACAUCCAGCUGCUCGGAUGGCUUGACUGGAUGCAACAGCCCUGUUUGGUCACAAGUGAAUAACAGUUAUGGAAAUAUGUACAAUCAUGAACUACAAAAUGCUAGUUCUAAAGAAAGGAGCCCUGGACUCUCCAGCCUGGAAUGCUUGUCCAGCAUCGUGGAUCGGCUCUCUUCGGCGGAGGCCAGUGGACCAGCAGCGCCUGGCGAGGUGACUGGCCUCUCGCCCUCCAGCACCCAUUCCCUCCCUCGCUCUCCGGAAGCCCUUUGCACCAGCCCCAUCUACCAUGUGUUGUAAAGUACCCUGCACACCAGCAGACAUAUAGUUUUUAAUAUAUUUACACCAUCCUUGGGUGAAUUUGUUGUCCUGGGAGAAAAGUGCUGGGUUUCCUCCAAACCGUGUGUUAAACGAGCGCGGACCAAGGACCUGUACAUAAGCAUUGUAAAUGUGCCGUUUGUUACGUUCAUCCUAUUACUUAAUGUGCCGUAUUUAAUUGAACUUGUCAAAUA